CAGCUCUUUAUUGCCGUUCUGUUUCUCGUAUCCAACACAAAACUCAUCAGUGUCACUUGUCUGCAGGGGUCAUUAUCAAAUCGGCUUCCUUUCCAGCACACAGAGUCCCGUCGAUUGGAUUACGCGAUUUUGGACGGACGAAAUGGACGGCCGCGGCGGUAGAGCAAAGAAGAAGGUGCUACUCAUGGGAAAAUCUGGUAGUGGAAAGACCUCAAUGCGUUCUGUAAUCUUCUCAAAUCACCUGGCUGAGUCAACCAAGAAGCUAGGCGCGACGAUCGAAGUAGAGCAGUCUCAGCAUCGAUUCCUAAGCGAUCUGAUGUUAAAUCUUUGGGAUUGCGGUGGUCAAGAAGCUUUCAUGGAGAAUUACCUACGGCACGAUCAGAACCAGAUCUUCUCCAAUGUGCAGCUUCUUAUUUACGUUUUCGACAUUUCGGCCAAAGAGUAUGAGAAGGAACGGGAUUUUGGAUACUACACCGACUGUCUGAAUGCAAUCAAAGAAUACAGUCCUGAUGCAUCCAUAUUCGUCCUAAUCCAUAAAAUGGAUUUGGUGCCCUCUGACAAAAGGAACGUGUUUCUACGGAAAAAAAAGGAGCUAUUAGACCACAGUGAGGAUGUGCCCAUCCGAGUCUUUGGCACAUCUAUAUGGGAUGAGAGUCUUUAUCGUGCUUGGUCUCGUAUCGUGCACACUCUGGUUCCAAACGCUCAAGAUCUCACCAAUCAUCUCGAUGAAUUCGUGGAAGCAUGCUCUGCCAUCGAAGCCGUCAUAUUUGAGAAGAAGACUAUGCUUCUCAUUGCUUGGAGCACCGAAGCCGGUGAUUUCUCUAAAGAUGACUUGGAUGACGAAGAUGACCGGGAGAUUUUUGAACGACAAACGCCUCCUGAUCAGAGUUGUGACCAGAGCAACAAAGAGAGAUGCCACCCAAGUGUCACUCCUGUCCUUCCUCCAGACCGUUUUGAGAAAAUCAGUGAGAUUAUAAAACGAUGGAAAAACACCCUCCUGAAUAGCAAGAUGAAUUUCAGCUUUCAAAAUUGGGUACAAGAAUGGAGUAAUUUCACUGCCGUUCUGGAACCCCUCACCGUGAAUACAUUCAUUUUGGUCAUCGCCGCUGAUCCUGAUAUUUUGCCAGGUGCGUUGAGAUUGAAUAUCGAGAUGGCAAAGGAGCGCUUUAUUGCGCUGCAGGCCGGACGAAGCAGGUAGUGUUUCACAGGCUUUUCACAUACCUAGUCGUUUUGUGAUAUCCUACAUGCUCUGUAUUAUUUCCAACGGCGAUACCUCCUCACGUGAUGAUGCAUUCAAGCGGGUUCCAACCAGU